UGGGAUUCCUAGACGCUGAAGAUCCUCGAAUAAGAACCUAUCUAGAAAAGAUUGGUGAAAAAAUGGGCUAGGUCUGCAUUUAAGCGGCAAAAGUACUCAAUCGUGACCUCAAAUAAUGCUGAAUCAAUGAAUGCUAUAGAUCGAUUAGCACGAGAGUAUCCGAUAUCUACUCGUAUAGAGUAUUUGAGAGAUAAAAUGCAAGAUUGGUUCUUUAAGAGGAGGAAUUUGGCCAAUGAAACAACCACAACAUUAACAUCGGCUGUCGAAACAAUGCUAGUAGACCGUCUCUUAAGUAGUCGUGGAAUGAUAGUAAAACCAAGUACGGGUCUCAGCGCAGAAGUAAUUGACUUGUCAUGUAAGGCAUUUGUGGUGAAUCUAGAGGAAAGGAGAUGCACUUGUAGAGAAUUUCAGUUGGAAGAUUUUGUGUGUUCAUGCGGUUGCUCUUAUAGGACACCUAAAUGGGCUAUCAUGUUAUGACUAUGUGUCAGUUUACUACAAGACAAGCUUAUGGAACAGGGCAUAUUCUGGAAUUGUUCAUCCCAUUGGUUCAUAUGAAGAAGAUGAAAUUCCAUAGGAGUAUAGGAGGUGGGAGGUUAAACCUCCUCUAUGUAAAACAAGAACUGCCGGGAGGCCAAAGUCCAAGAGGAUUCGUUCUGUUGGUGAAUUUGGGUCAAGAUAGAAGUGCACAAGAUGCAAGCAACAUGGACAUAACCAAAAGACUUGUAAUAACCCGAUACCGCUAUAAAUGAUGUGAGAUUGUGUUGCUACAUCUUUGAAUAUUUUUUUUGCCAGCAAACAUACAGUCAUGUUUUACUGGAUUUCAGAUUUUAUUUAUGCACUUGAACGCUCACUAAAAGUUAUUGUUUCACACCAUUCAAAUAAUUUUAGUAAUAUAAUGUGAUGAGAAUAUU